GUUUGUGAGCCUUCGAUUUCAAAGGUUUGUGGUUCCUGUCAUGCCAGUAGUGAAAGAUAAAUGAUGUCUACCUGGUAUAUGGACGGUGCCGAGGAUAACCGAGGUGUUUAUACAAAACAGGGACCAGAAGGACUGCUACAGAGUGAGCGCAGGAGGAUAAAGCUGCAGAGUGACCUUGUGACCUUACAGAGGGAUCAGCGCCUUAGCCGGGCUGUGCGGCUGCAGAGCCGGUGGCAGGAGCUGAGUGAGAGAGAGCGUCAGGCCCAGCAGCAGAACAGGCAGCUGCUGCAGGAGUUUGACAGAGCCCAGGACACUCUGAGAGACAUGGUCACCUGCAACGCCGCUAUGAAUACCAUAAAAGUGGAGUAUGAAAGGUAUCUGGAGGAGAGCUUCCCUCGCUGGCAGCAGCAGCUCAAACAGAAGAUACUAUCUGCCCAACGCAAGCGAAUGGAGCAGCACCUGAAGGAGUGCCUGAGGAGUAUGGAGGAGGACAGGGCUGAAGAGAGGGGCUCCAGACCCCACAUUGGAGCCCAACCUCCACUUUCUCCAUGUCAUGUCCAACAGCUCCAGAAUGCCGCUGCGCAUCAAGAACACCACAACCAAAAUGGCCACCAGGACUACAUCCAAAAUGGCCACCAUCAUCCCAGCAUCCCUUCAAUUCAGUCCUCCUGGUUGAUUCAUGCUCGUUCUCAAUGGGUUGAUUCCCAAACCAGAAUGCACUCCAAACUCCAACAAAGAGACAUGACUCACCAACCCGCUCACCCCCUCCACCCCUAUGACCCCCAGUUCCUCUACCCCCCUCAGCCUUACCCUGUCCAGCACCCUCAGUCCCUCUACCCCCCUCAGCCUUACCCUAUCCAGCCCCCUCAGUCCUACUCUAACCCCAGUAAACACCACAUUGUGAUCCAGCAGGAGGCACCACCGACAGGGUUCCCCAUGCAAUGGGCUGCUGGAGUCGCCACGGCUGGGCUCCAUUUCAGGGCCCCAGUGGGCCUUCAAACUUCCUGGACAAGCCCUGCCAUGCCGGAUACCCAGGGAUGGAGAAUAGUACAGGAUGUGUCGGGGGAGGAUCUGGGGAGGGUGGUCAGUGCAGCGACUAGUCCUGAAGGAGGGAGCAGUGUGGGACACAGACAGAAGAGAGAGAAGAGCAGCGAUUUGGCACAAGAGCUCGACAUCAAACCAGUGCGUCUGUCGAGUGGACAUGGAGAGAGCAGUGAGAGUAGCAGAACCUCCAGUCAGGCCAGUAAAGACAGCGCCAGUAGCAGGGAGAGGAGGAAGAGGAAGGAGAAGAAUGGAGGAAGAGCAGGACAGAGCGCAACAGACAGGUCCUCUGCAGGAUCCGGGGAGGUGGUUAUUCCUGAGGCUUCAGUAUCUUCUGCCUCUGUGGUCCAGAGCUCAGAGAAUGAUGGGACAUCGGUGGUAGGGAGAAACAGGAGCAGGAUGAGUAGGGGACUUGCUAACCUAUUCAGUGCAGAGGAGUCAGGAAGUCAUAGAGAUGAAUCAGGGAGUGAUAGGGAGUGGUCGGUGAGUCAAAAGGAGGAAUCAAGUCAAAUUCAAGAAUCAGGGAGUCAUAGGGCAAAGGCAGUGGGUCACAUGGAGGAAUCAGUGAGUCAUAGGGUAGAGGCAGUGAGUGAAAUGGAAGAGUCAAGAAGUCAAAUGCGGGCGUCAAUGAUUAAAAAGGAGUCAGUGAGUCAUGGGGAGGAAGUAGCCAGUGAGAAAGAAGUAGGAGAUAAUGCCAUGGAGGCCACAGAGGGAGAAGAGGAGAGUCUGGUUGGACUCAGUGCGGAGGAGGGAGCAACAGGAGAAGAAGAGAGUCUGGUUGGACUCAGUGUGGAGGAGGGAGCAACAGGAGAAGAGGAGAGUCUGGUUGGACUCAGUGAGGAGGGGGGAGCAACAGGAGAAGAGGAGGAGGAAAUUAAACAUGACAGAGAGGAGGGGAGGGAAACAAAGGAAGAAGAGGGAAUCGGAGAACAUGAAGGCGAAAAAGAGCAAGGAGAAGAUCAGGAUGAAGGCAAUGAGGCACACCAGAGAGACAGAGAAGAAGGAGAGGAGGAGGAGGAGGAGGAGGAAGAGGAAGAGGAAGAAGUCCAACCAGAGAGCGAGAGCGUUUCUAUAAGGGAGCACACUGCAGAGGACGAGGAAGACAGGGAGAGGGGAGAGGAGGAAGCAGAGGAGGCACAGGACUCAGAAGGACAGGUAGAGCGCGAGGAGGUGGAACGGGGUGAUAGAGGCAUGGAGGAAGAGAGCGAGAACGAAAGAGAGGAAUCACACACUUCUCAGAACAGAGAGAUAGAAGAGGAGGAUGUGGGAGUUGGGGAUGAAAGAGAUGAUAAUGAGGAGGGGUCAGAAGGUGAAGAAGAUGGUGGUGAGGAAGAGGAAGAGGAGCAGCGUUGUCAGGAUGCUGAGGAAGACUCAGCAGCAGGGCAACCUGAGGAUGAAGAGGAGAGAGACUCUGACGACAGCAUCAUCUCACCACCAGAACACAGGUCAUCCAAAUGCCUGGCAGAGGUAGCGGAAGAGGAGGAGGAAGAAGAAGUGAUCGGUAAUAAUGAUGAAAAUGAUGAUGGUGAAGAUGAUGAAGAUGACAAAGUGAAAGGGUAUUCAUGGUCUGUAGAUCCUUUUCCAGAUGAGGAUGAUGAUAUUGAACGUCUUCUCGCUCCACAAGCAAAGUCUCAGGAAAAACAAGAGAAAGAAGAAAAGAAGAAGACAGUGGUCCUUGUCAAACCCAAAGCCAUAGAUGAAGACUUGGACAGUUUCUCUGAAGUAAAAGCACUUCACAAAAAGAAAGGGGCUAAUCAGGACACAGACUCAGAAGAGUUUGAUCACUUCUACGACUGACAAGCCUUGUGUUCCAGCUCACCUAAAACCUCAACAAGAUAUGAGUGACUGCAAUUCUAAUGCCAGACUUCUAAAUCCACAACACUUGAACAUGAAAUCCACAACACUUGAACAUGAAAUGAACAUUCCUUAUCAAAUGUCAAGAUGCACCGAAUGUAAAUCAUUAGC